GGAGCACAGCAAAAACCAGAACACUGUUGUUCUUAGCAGAUGGAGCCAGAGAAGUUACAAGUUAAACCUUGAUUGCCUGGAUCUGUGAGAAUUCAGCAUGGAAUGUCUCUACUGUUUCCUGGGAUUUCUGCUUUUGGCUGCAAGACUGCCACUUGAUGCUGCCAAACGAGUUCAUGAUGUACUGAGCAAUGAAAGGCCUUCUGGUUAUAUGCGGGAGCACAAGCAAUUACAUGGCUGGUCAUCAGAUGAAAAUGAUUGGAAUGAAAAACUCUAUCCAGCGUGGAAGAGGGGAGACUCGAGGUGGAAAAACUCUUGGAGAGGAGGCCAUGUGCAGGCACUUCUGACCAGUGAUGCACCAGCACUGGUGGGCUCAACUAUAACAUUCGCAGUGAACCUGGUAUUCCCCAGAUGCCAACAGGAAGAUGCCAGUGGCAACAUAGUCUAUGAGAAGAACUACAGAAAUGAUACUGGUCCAUCUCCUGACCCAUAUGUUUACAACUGGACAGCAUGGACAGAGGACAGUGACUGGGGAAAUGGCACCAGACAAGGCCAUCACGGGAAGACUUUCCCUCACCCCACAAAAUGGAAUUUCGUCUUUGUGUUCCACACACUUGGUCAGCAUUUCCAGAAAUCGGGACAGUGUUCAGUGAGAGUUUCUAUAAGCACAGCCAAUGUGACUCCUGGCCCUCAAAUCAUGGAAGUAACUGUCUAUAGAAGAUACCGACGGGCGUACUUUCCCAUAGCAAAAGUGAAAGAUGUGUAUGUGGUAACAGAUCAGAUUCCUGUAUUUGUGACUAUGUUCCAGAAGAACAGUCGAAAUUCAUCUGAUGAAACCUUCCUCAAGGACCUCCCCAUUACGUUCGAUGUCCUGAUUCAUGAUCCCAGACACUUCCUCAAUGAGUCUGCCAUUUACUACAAGUGGAACUUUGGGGAUAAUACUGGUCUGUUUGUUUCCAACAAUCACACUUUGAACCACACCUAUGUUCUCAAUGGAACCUUCAGUCUCAACCUCACUGUGCAAGCUACAGUGCCUGGACCUUGUCCUUCACCUUCACCUAGACCUCCAAAAAGCACCCCUUCUUUGGACUCUCCAGUACCUGCUGGUGACAAUGCCCUGGAGCCGAGGGAGAUUCCUGAUGAAAACUGCCAUAUUAACAGAUACGGCUACUUUAAAGCCACCAUCACAAUUGUAGAGGGAAUUCUAGAGGUUAACAUCAUCCAGGUGACAGAUGUCCUGAUGCCUGUGCCACAGCCUGACAACCCCCUGGUGGAUUUCGUCGUGACCUGCCAAGGGAGCAUCCCCAGAGAGGUCUGUACCAUCAUCUCCGACCCCACCUGCCAGGUCACUCAGAACACAGUCUGUGACCCUGUGGACAUGGACCUGGGCGACAUGUGCUUGCUGACUGUGAGAAGAGCCUUUGGUGGGCCUGGGACAUACUGUAUGAACCUCACUCUGGGUGAUGAUGGAAGCCUGGCCCUCACGAGCACCCUCAUCUCUAUCCCUGGAAGAGGAGACCCAAACUCCCUUCUAAGAAUGGCAAAUGGUACCCUGGUCUUCGUUGGCUGCAUGGCCAUAUUUGUCACUGUGAUCGCCCUUUUGGUGUACAAAAAACACAAGAAAUACAAACCAAUAGAAAACAACACUGGGAUCGUGGUCAGAGACAAAGGCCUGAAUGUUUUCCUCAAUUGUGCAAAGAUGUUCUUCCCCGGAAACCAGGAGAAAGAUCCACUGCUCAGGAACCAACCGGGAAUUCUUUAAAUCUCCUGCCUUACUUCUGACCAACAGCUCAUUCUUCAGCGCCAUUUAUGUCAGCUCUGCUAGAGUGGAUGAUGAUUAACUUUUUAAAAAGAUUGUCGUAAAAUAUAUAUUGUGGUUUAGGGAGGUCCAAUUUUUAUUAUAGGUUAAAUGACAUUUUAGAGAGGUGGAGGGGAAUUAAACUACACACAGCCUCACCCAUGUUAUAUUAACUAAUAAAACCAGUUAGCAGCGCUUUCUUUCGUGAUGGUUUAUGUUUCACUUAUAAUGUCUUAGGUGAUUAGUAGGAUAGAUACACUGUAUCCAGAGUAACAGAAGAAGGUACUUUCGUUUGAGUCUGACCUAGGUUAACUGGAAGGAGAGCUUGGACGUGUUCUAGCUUUCCAUAUAACCAUAUGCAUAAAACCAGUGUAUUCCUGUUCUGAAGGUCAUGUUCCAAGCUACCUGAAUCCUAUGUCAAUGAACAUGCAUGAGCUCCCAACAGAACACUAACAGGUAAGCGUUUAGUAGGCUGUGCAUGCUUGUUAUACUAAAAAAAAUACUAAUCUAAUAAAUGAUUGUGAAUAUGUUUGUGACCACCUGCCCAGCCCACAUGUAUAAAGGAAAGGUACUCAUUCAUUUAUUUUUCCCAUGGACAUUUUUGUAGCACUUUCUGUAUACCAGGCAUGUUGCUAAGUACAUGGCCCUGUACUCAGAGUGUUGACAUUCUUGUUGAUAUAUCUGAAUUUCUGUACACUCUGGUGCCAUAGUUGAAAAUUAUAGUUGAAAUUAUAUAUUAUGAUUUUCCAGAAAAGGAGGCCCCUGGUUUUGCUACUGGUUUCUCUAUUCAAAUGAUACAGAAACUUAAUCACCAAGGAUUUUACUUUCAUUUGUAACUGAAGCUACUAUAUGUCAGUCAUGACAUUCUU